AUGGCCUUUCAUCAGAAAGGUUGCCGAACCCUGGUCUACUGUCUCCUCGUCGGCACCUUUCCAUUCAAUAGCUUUCUCUCGGGCUUCAUCUCUUGCGUGGGCUCUUUUAUUCUCGCAGCUGUUUACUUCCGGCCUACCCGACCUCCUGAGGACCCGGCCCAUGUAGACCGUGAAGGCCAGGUCUUCAGGAGGAUGCAGCCCAUGAAUUUGGACACGACUAUACACACAGACAACCUCACGCAUGCACGCUUCAGACUGCCACGUGAUUUAUUGAACUGCUUUUUCAUCCAGAUCAACCCACAGAACAAAGGAGAUUUUCUGUCCAUCUCCCCAGAGAGAGCCUUCGCCGACUUCCUGUUCGCUCACACCGUCCUCCAUCUCGUUGUGAUGAAUUUCAUUGGCUGAGGCAAACAUAUCACGACGAGAACAAGUUAUUAAACUCCCCGAU